AUGGCGCCCAUCAAAUACUACCCAUCGCAAAUCGGUUCUAAACUCGUUACCCCUUUAUCUUUCACUGCAUCUCCCAUCAAAUUGCUCCUUGAAGACUUAUGGACUGCAUUGAUUAACCUAAGAUAUGCCCCCAAUAUAGUUUUACCUCUUUCUCCCACGACUUCGGGUGAUCUUUGCGAAUUGUAUCCUUCGGCGAGGAAUUUGGGAAAUAUUGCUUUACAUGUUGUUCUAUUCUUUUUGCAAUGUUUCUUCUUGCUUUCGAUCCCCAUCUGGAUCUUGAUGCCAGUAUGGGUGGUAGCCAUAGGAUUCACCAUGUUCUGGGUGACAAACCUCUCCAUUUGUUUUCUUCUGAAUGGGUCAAGACUGGUGUCGACGUAUCAGUCGGCGCCAGAAUAUGCUCAAGAGAAAAAAGCGCAUGCUCAUGAGCAAUGGCUAUUCUUAAAUGGUGUUUGUGUUGGUCGUCACUGGCUCAAAUGUGCCGUCAAUCGUCUCGCCCUCACGUUUGGUCGCCCAGUCCUAGGAAUUCACAAUCGAACCAAUGGUGUCAUUUUUGACAUACUCGAAUGUCUGAUCCAACGCUCCCUCAACUACGCUAGCACCGACAUCCGCACCGCCUACCGUAUCCUCAAAGGGAAGUUAUACGACCCCAACAUUACUCGCAUAAUUUUAGUUCUCCACUCCCAAGGCGCCAUUGAAGGCAGCAUGAUCAUCGACUGGCUCCUCGCCGAGAUCCCUCAAGAUCUUCUCCAAAAGCUCGAAGUCUACACUUUCGGAAACGCCGCCAAUCACUUCAACAACCCGCAUCUCCAUCUCGCAUCUCAGAGUAACGCCCUAUCUCAUCCAUCAUUACCGGCAACUUCCCUCACAAGAACCAUCACUACACUUUUCACCAGCUCGAAUGGUCCCGUAGAACUCCCUACUAAUCGAAAUGGAAACGGAAAGUCCAUCCCACACAUCGAACACUAUGCACAUACAUAUGACUUUGUAUCUCGAUUCGGCGUACUCCACUAUCACCACAACUACAGCCACGAAACAUUUGCCCCCCGUUUCAUGGGUAGAGUAUUCGAAGUCGAAGAUAGCGGCCACAUGUUCGUAGAACACUACCUCGACCGCAUGUUUCCGCUCUCCAAAUCCCUCUGCAAACGCCUCGUCAGCAGCAGUUUCAGAAACGAGCGUAAGCAGCAAGAUCUAAUCACCGACGCCAACGCCGAAGAAGAGCACGUAGAUGAAAACCCAGGGUUCAUGGGAAGCGUGGUGCAGGGACUCGGGCGCGUAGAACCGGAUGAUAAAUUAGGGAGGGAAGAUUGGGAAGUUUCGUAUGUAGGAGAAUCGGGAGAUGGGGACGAGGUUGAGAAUGAAGAUGAAGAGGAUAGUGCACGAAGUGUGAGUGGCAAAGGAAACAAAAAUGGCAAAAGCAGUGGAAAAUCAAACGGGAAUGCAAAUGCAAACACAAACCCAUCCAAUUCGGAAAAAAAAGGAAGUCUAGGAUCAGCAACAUUAAAAGAAGAAGGAACGAUCCUAACUAAUGGUAUGGAUCAAGGCGAACUAAGAAGAGCGAGAGCAUUUCGCAAUAAGAAAGAAUUCAAGGUUAAGAAUCUUAGUAGAUUGUGGUUGUAUCGGAAUGGGAAGAGUCCUAUGAAUUGA